AUGGAGCUGGCGCCGCUUGCGCCUUUGCUGGUGGACAACUUGGAAAGCCAAGGUGGGGACAGGGAGGACAGGGAGGGUCCGGGUCGUCCUUCCGUGCUGGCAGAGGCAAUCAUCACUGCGACCUCGAUGCCGGAGCGGCUCGCCGCCGUCCACCAGCUUUUGGAAGGUCUCUUGCAUCAGCCUCAGCCUCAUGAGCCCAGGCUCUGCAAAGAUCUUUGCCUGGCCAAGCUCGUGACGCCCCUUUUAGACUUAACCGUGGAGACGGAGAGGCUGCCCCACCUGCCGGUGAAGCUGCUCUGGUGCCUCGCAGCCAGAGAAGACAGCCCUGGGGCCUUGGACGACGCCAUCCCCACGAUCCUGGGUAUCUUGAGAGGCACCGAGGACACAUUGCUAGCUGGGUCUUCGCUGCAACUACUGGCGGAACUGGCCCACCUGAAGUCGAAAGCACUUUCGAGUCAACUUUGUAAUCCCAAGACUGGGGUAGCCCAACUUCUGCUGCGCAGUCUUUGGAGAUGGGGCCUGCAAGCUCCCCAUCUGGAGAUCACGAUUUCUUUGCUGAACCUGCUUGAGUUUGCUGUGCAUGUGCCCUGCCAUCGCAACAUGCUUCGUGCAGAGGUCGCGUUGGCGGCCGACUAUUCCUUGACUCUGUCCGAGGCUUUAUCACAGGUUGCCCUCGGAGCUGAGACGCGACAGGCACAGUCGACUGAUGAACGGUUUGGCUGGACAUGGGUGCAUGCCCAGUCCAGACAGCUAGCAAGGGAAUGGACUGGCAUUUUACAAGUUGCAGAACUUUCCCGGCCUGGUGAAGAGAAGACGCGAGCCUAG